AAAAAUGAGAUCUGAUUUGCAACUAACAACCAUACUUUAUUUUGAGACUGUGUGCAGGCUCAUGGGAAGGGAAAUUAAAUAUUGACCGAGGACAAUGUCUGUAUUUCUCAGUAACCUAACCAAUGACUCUAGUCUAUGGAAAGUGAAUCAGAAUUCGACCGAUCUUUUAAAUCCACCAGCAACUCUGAACAUCUACCUUUUCAGCCUGACAUGCUUAAUGACCCUCGCAGCCCUGGCAGGCAGCAUCUAUUCGCUAGUUUCCCUGCUGACAACGCAGAACCGAACGGUUGUGUCCCUGCUCGUGGCGUCCUGGUCCGGGGAUGAUCUCCUGAGCGUCCUGUCGGUGACCAUCUUCCUGUUCUUGCAGUGGCCGAACGAGGUCUUGGGCUACGUCCAGUCUCUGUGCACCAGCUCUGCCUUACUCUACCUGUGCCAGGGCCUCUCCAGCAACUUGAAGGCGACUCUGCUAGUCUCGUACAACUUUUACAUGAUGCGCAGGACGGAUGGAGGGAGCCGGGCGGCCUCCAGGAGACCCGGCCAGGUGCUCGGCGUGGCCCUGGCCGUGUGGGCAGCCAGCCUGCUGCUCGCCGCGCUCCCGCUGUGCGGCUGGGGCGCCUUCGUGCGCACGCCCUGGGGCUGCCUGGCCGACUGCUCCAGCUCCUACGUGCUGCUGCUCUUCGCCGUGUACACCUCGGCCUUCGCGCUGCUCGCCGGCCUCUCGGUGCCGCUCAUUCACCAGCUGCUGUGCUCAGAGGAGCCGCUGAGACUCUACGCCAACUACCAGGAGAUUUCCCGCGGAACUUCCACCCCUGGGACCCCCCCAACAACCGGGGAGAGAGUGCUCUCCCUGUGCCCGGAGGAUGCUCUGGGCUCUGCCUUGAGUGGCUUUGCGGGAUGCUCCCCGAGCUCGGACGCCGCGGUGCUGGGGCCGGGGCCGCCGGGGAGGGUGGAGCCAGAGCUCGGGCCGGGGCUCAGCGCUGCCGCUGGGGCUGGAGCCUGCAGGCGUGAGGACCCGGACACUCUCUAUGGCACCAGGAGCUUCACCGUGAGCACGGCGCAGAAGCGCUUCUCUUUGAUCCUAGCGCUGACCAAAGUCACCCUCUGGCUCCCCAUGAUGAUCCACAUGGUGGUCCAGCACGUGGUGGGUUUUCAGAGCCUUCCCUUCGAGUCACUCAGCUUUCUACUAACGCUGCUGGCCACCACUGUAACUCCCGUGUUUCUCUUGUCCAAACGCUGGACCCACUUGCCCUGUGGGUGCAUCAUCAACUGCAAGCGGGAUGCAUAUGCAGUGGCAUCAGAUGGGGGGAAAACCAAGAGAAGCUGCUUUGAAUUCAAUCUAUCAUUUGAACAAAGUUAUGGAAUUUAUAAAAUAGCAUAUGAAGAUUACUAUGGUGAUGAUGAAAAUUCUACAUCCUAUCACAAUUUCAUGAACUAUGAAUGUAAAACUCCAAAAGACUCUCAGAGAGGCACUCCUAAUGUCUUCAGUGCCAUAAAAGUGGAAAUCAGCACUCCACCCUCCCUGGACAGCUCUACACGUAAAGGCAUUCACAAGUAUACGAAUACUGAUAUUAUAGAGGCUAACCAGGAUUCCCACAAUGAAAAGGGCAUUGACCCUCUGCUCUUUGAAAAAACAGGUGAUAUUCACUAUGAAGAAACCGCCUUUUUGGAAGGGCCAGAAAGAAGACUUUCUCAUGAGGAGAGUCAGAAACCAGACCUUUCAGACUGGGAAUGGUGUAGGAGUAAAUCAGAAAGAACUCCUCGUCAGCGUUCCGGUGGUGGCCUUGCCAUUCCCUUGUGUGCGUUUCAGGGGAUGGUGUCGCUCCAGGCCCCUACAGGGAAAACGCUAUCUCUUUCUACCUAUGAGGUGAGCACAGAAGGACAGAAGAUAACCCCAGCCUCUAAGAAAAUAGAAGUCUACCGAUCCAAAAGUGUUGGUCAUGAGCCAAACUCAGAAGAUUCUCCAUCCACGUUUGCGGACACCAGUGUGAAAAUACAUUUGGAGGUUCUUGAAAUUUGUGACAAUGAAGAGGCCUUGGACACUGUGUCCAUCAUUAGCAACAUCAGCCAGUCCUCCACACAGGUCAGGUCUCCAUCCCUACGCUACUCACGGAAAGAAAACAGAUUUGUUUCAUGUGACUUAGGAGAGACAGCCUCGUAUUCUCUCUUUUUACCCACAAGUAAUCCUGAUGGUAAUAUCAACAUCUCCAUCCCAGACACCGUGGAAGCACACAGGCAGAACAGCAAAAGGCAGCAUCAAGAGAGGGAUGGUUACCAAGAGGAAAUCCAAUUGUUAAACCAAGCUUACAGGAAACGAGAGGAAGAAAGUAAGGGUAGCUAGUGUCUACCCAAGUAGUUGUUUAGUACAGGCAAGAAUGGUGCCUCGCCUUCACACUGCUAACCUAACACCUUUGUUUUCCGGCUAUUUGAUUUCCUUUUUCAUUUGUUGGUUUACAUAAGCUUUACAGAAAUGCUAGUUAAUUAUUUGUACUGCAAACAGCUGGAAAUAAUGCAAACAUUUAAGUGCUUUUGAUGUGUUGCUUUAAUGAUCACACACUGAUAAUUAAAAGAUUUGUUUCUUAUCCAAGUUCUAAAAAAUUUUUCCAAAUCAAACCUUGGCCUAGUUUACUAAUGUUCUGCCUAUGUUUGUAAAAAAAUAUAUAUAUUAUAUAAGCUUAAUGAGUAUAUUGUUCCCAUGCACGUUUCUACACAUAAUGUUGGGCUUUAAACUGCAAGGGGGGAAAAGGCAUUUAGGGAAUGAAAGAAACGUAGCAAAACUCUUGAGUUGUGUUGGAAGAAGCUUGCCAAAAUGUGAUUAGCAAAGCAAGCUUAGUACAGUUUCAGCUUUAACUUUGCACUGAUGUCUUGAAAAUAUAUUCUUGUGUAAAACUGCAAAUUAACUUCCAACUUCAAACCACGCAUGUCCCUAAUCCGUAAAUAGUUGUGUCCUUCAUUUCUAUAAAAUACAAAUUGUUUACUGAAUUUUUAAAUUUUCUCUCUUUAAUAUAACAGUAUUUCCUUUCCAUCUUUUCAGUAUGUCAAGACUGCCCUUAAAACAAAUACUCUCUGUGUUACAAGUGGAACUGCAAAUGAUCUUUAACUGAAACAUUAUUAGGAAAGAUGGUAAAUAUAAACUUCAUCAUUUCUAGAACUGAUUACUUUAUUUGAAUGCAAAUUGAGGGAAAACUGCCAAAUUAAUUUCUGUGAAGUACACCCAACUAGACUAACAAAAUUUCUGGGUAAAGCAGAGGUAAAUCCUCUAAGUCCAAAACAAAAGUGUCUGUUCCUAAAGCUGCAGAUUUGACAAACUUUCUUAGCCAUUCUUGAAGCACAGAAAUUUUUAGUUCAAAUGUUAUUCCAACUUUAGGUGCUUUUUACUUUCUUUCUCAAAGAUGUGAGUAUUUCAAAGCAAAGAAACAAUUCAAUAUAUUUUAUUAAAUGAUUGUUAGGUACAUAUGUCAAGACUAAUGAAAACCAAUAUUUAAAGAACAUGAGAAUUUGAU